CUGCUUGGCUUGGCUUGGCUUGGCUUGGCUUGGCGCGACGUGAAUCUAGACGAAAUUCAAAAGGGGCGGGCGCGGAGAGAGAGAGCGAGUGCCGAAGUGCCGACUGCCGAGUGAUAGUCAACUUUUGCACAUUGAUGUGGCGCCGCGCCGGUGGCUACCGGUGGCGAUGAGUCGAACGACAAGUCGCGUGUGUACGUGCGCGGUGGUGCGCGGCGGCGGCGUGAUUUCGUAGAUACUGCCGUUGCAACUGGGUUAGGCGGUUAGGGUCUAGGGACGUUAGGGACGAGUCCGGGUGAACGCGAGCGAAAACUACGGAUUUGGGUGCAGGUGCACGGGAUUCGUCGAGUCGCAUUUCGCAUUUCGCAUUUCGCGACAUUCACGUGGAGGACACUCUACGCGCGACGCGACGCGACGCUACGUUUACGCUACGCUACGCGACGCGACGCCGCCAACGUGCGAGGAAACGCGUCGCAGGGCACGAGCUCGCUCGUUCGUCCUCGUCCAAGUGACAAUGACAACGUGCUAACCGUUUUAGGUGAUUCGGGAGCCAUGGCGAACAUCGCGGCACAGCGAAUCAAACGGGAGUUCAAAGAGGUUAUAAAGAGUGAGGAGAUAGCAAAAUGUGCGAUUAAAGUAGAGUUGGUCAACGAUAGUCUUACCGAAUUAAAAGGAGAGAUUGCUGGUCCACCAGACACACCAUACGAAGGUGGUAACUUUGUGCUCGAGAUCAAAGUUCCCGAGACGUAUCCAUUUAAUCCUCCUAAAGUACGUUUUAUAACAAAAAUAUGGCAUCCCAAUAUAUCUUCUGUUACUGGUGCCAUAUGUUUGGAUAUUUUAAAAGAUCAAUGGGCUGCCGCAAUGACUCUGCGUACGGUACUGCUAUCGCUUCAAGCGUUAUUAUCUGCAGCAGAACCUGAUGAUCCUCAGGAUGCGGUAGUCGCUAAACAAUAUAAAGAACAUCCUGAAUUGUUUCGUCAAACUGCCACACAUUGGACAUUUGUAUAUGCAGGUGGGCCAGCGAAAAUGCCCGAUUUAGAUGACAAGAUAAGAAGAUUAACAGAUAUGGGAAUCGAAGAACAUAACGCGAGAGUCGCUCUAUCUUCGUAUAAUUGGGACUUGGAACGCGCCACCGAGCACUGCCUCUUUAGUUAGUGAUAACUACAUAGUUAAUUUAUCACAUCCAUUCAUUUUCUGCAAAAAAAUUUCCUUGUAAUAAUAUCAUGUCCGAAUAUUGAUAUCAUUAAUGAUUUUACAAUUGGAAUUCUGCAAUUAUAUUGACAAUAGCUGGAUGAUGGAAAGAAAUUAUCUGAAAAGCUAUCCAACAUUUAUCAAUAGUAAUCUAUUUAAUUUGUAACGUAAGAACAUGAGGGAAAAAUAAUUAAAAAAAAAUGGUUAGAAUCAAUAAGAAAAAUUUUUAACAUUUUCUGAGAACUAUACUGUUCUGCAUUACAUUCUGUUCAAAUUCCAUUGUUGCUUAAGAAAUAGCAUAAUUUUACAACACAGUUUAAAUUGAUAUAU